AGCUCACUGUGGGUGGGGACCAAGCCAAGUUUUCAUUCUAUAAAAUGCAGGAUUGUUUGCAUUGUCAGGGACUGCUUUGAAAAAUUGCCACAAUUUGAUUCCCUGCACAAGCCAAGUGCUGCUGUAAGGUGCUGAGCUCUGUCCUGUCCCGGUUCCCCGGUUCCCAUGAUGGUUGUGUGGUGUUUGGCCGCUCUGGCCGCCUGUCUGGUCUCCCUGGCUCUGCUCCUCGCGGUGUCCCAGCAGCUUUGGCAAUUGCGCUGGGCGGCCACCCGGGACAAGUCGUGCAAGCUGCCCAUGCCCAGGGGCUCCAUGGGAUUUCCACUGGUGGGCGAAACUUUCCACUGGAUCUUACAGGGUUCAAAUUUCCAGUCGUCCAGAAGAGAGAAAUAUGGCAGCGUCUACAAGACCCACAUGCUGGGCCGUCCGCUCAUCAGGGUGACCGGAGCUGACAACGUAAGAAAGAUCCUGAUGGGGGAGCACCACCUGGUGAGCGCGGAGUGGCCCCGCAGUACGCGGAUGUUACUGGGGCCAAACAGCCUGACCAAUUCGAUUGGGGACAUCCAUCGACACAAGAGGAAGGUGUUCUCAAAAAUCUUCAGCCAUGAGGCUUUGGAGACCUACCUUCCGAAAAUACAGCUGGUGAUCCAAGACACCUUGAGGGUGUGGAGUAGUCAUCCUGGGUCUAUCAAUGUCUACUGUGAGGCACAAAAGUUGACCUUCCGGCUGGCAAUCCGUGUCCUGCUAGGGUUCAGACUUUCCGAUGAAGAACUCAACCAUCUGUUUCGAGUGUUUCAGCAAUUUGUUGAGAAUGUGUUCUCUUUGCCGGUGGAUCUUCCAUUCAGUGGCUACCGAAGGGGUAUUCGAGCUCGAGAAACUCUGCUGAAGGGCCUGGAGAAAGCAAUCCAGGAAAAGUUGCAAAACACGCAAGGAAAAGACUAUACUGAUGCUCUAGAUGUAUUGAUCGAGAGUGGGAAGGAGCAUGGCAAUGAGUUGACUAUGCAGGAACUAAAGGAUGCUACGUUGGAACUGAUAUUUGCGGCUUAUGCCACCACGGCAAGUGCCAGCACCUCACUUAUUAUGCAACUGCUCAAGCACCCGGCAGUCUUGGAAAAGCUGAGGGAGGAGCUUAGAGGGAACGGUAUCCUCCACAAUGGCUGUGUCUGUGAGGGUGCUUUACGCGUAGAUACCAUCAGCAGUCUGCAUUACCUUGACUGUGUCAUUAAGGAGCUACUAAGGCUCUUCAGCCCCAUCUCGGGAGGAUAUCGAACAGUACUGCAGACCUUCGAAUUGGAUGGCUUCCAAAUCCCAAAAGGAUGGAGUGUUUUGUACAGCAUCAGAGAUACACACGACACAGCUCCAGUCUUCAAGGAUGUUGAUGUCUUCGACCCCGAUCGCUUCGGACAAGACCGUACAGAAGACAAAGACGGCAGGUUCCAUUAUUUGCCAUUUGGCGGCGGAGUACGGAACUGCUUGGGCAAACAGUUGGCCAAACUUUUCUUGAAGACCUUGGCAAUAGAACUGGCUAGCAUGAGCAGGUUUGAACUGGCAACCAGAACUUUUCCAAAAGUCAUGCCAGUCCCUGUGGUCCAUCCAGUUGGUGAACUAAAAGUCAGAUUUUAUGGACUCGAUUCCAACCAAAAUGAAAUUGUGACGGAGACAGAAGCCAUGUUGGGAGCAACAGUGUAGCCUUCAGUAUCCUAAUUUCUUAUUUUUUUGGGUGAACCAUCAAGGAGAAGGCAAGAAAAGGGGAAUAAGCACACGAUGAACAAUCCGAGCUACACAGUAAAGACCAAGAAAAAUAUAUUCAUAAUACUAACUUAAGUAUACCGAGCCACCAAACCAUAACUAUAUCUCUGUGGAAAGCUUAACUUAAAUAUAUUAACAUAUAUAGUUUAAGUGACAAAAAAUGGAUCCAGGUCCGAUAUUUAUGAAUCCUGCUGCAGAGAAGGACACUCAGAGAACACCAGCCAGAGAUGGACUUGUUAAAGGAUUAUUGUGAAGCUGGCUGGUCUCAGUAUUGAGGGAUUCUUGAAUGGUCUUCAGCUGUUUACAAGACUUCCCUUAAAGUUGCUUUUUCAUCUUUAUUCCAAAAGCUUGUUUCAGUGUUACACACAUCAGGGAUACCAGGGUUUUCCUACUGUUGUUUCUAGACCUGCCUUAUUGUAUUGUGUAUGAGAAAAAAUGCUUGUUAUGAUGGGUCGACAUACUGAGUGUCCUAUCGCGAUAGGCUGUCAGCGGUUAUUGAGUUUACAUUACAACCAUGGUGGUCAAGAUCUGGAAUGCAGGACCCCACCUCAAUCACUGGAAGCACAGAAUGUUUUUUUUUUUUUCCAAUAAGAUGAAGCUAAAGGUGGACACCACUGAUAGAUCUUCUCCCCGUUCCGUAAUAGCACUUUGGCGAUUCAAAUGGUUGGGCCAAGUGGUCUCCAAUCUCAGCUAGCUUUUUAUUUUUAUAUUAAUACUUCAUGACUUCUUAAAUAUCAUAGUUCCGAUAGGGGACACGUGAGGUCCAUGCUGCCGGGAGUGAUGAAGAUAUAAAUAUACAUCUAGCACAUGAGGAUUUAUAUAUUUGAGAAAAAAUUGUAGUCUUUUAUUUUAAAGCUCUCUAAAUUUAGAGGCCAGUGCCUUAACUCAACAAAGUCUUAUUUACUUGCUUUACUGGUAGGCCCCUCCCCAACAGAGCUGUCGAACCAGUCAAAAACCAGGACCCAUUGAUCUCUUACCUCUACAACAUUCCUAUUACUGGUUAGUUCAGUGGCCUUUCCUUUUUAAUGGCUUGACAAGAUUUUGUAAGAAAAUUUAGUUUAACUUUGCUGGUGGCUUAAUCAACCAAUCAGUUGGACCAAGCUGUAGAUACAUCACUUGCUCUUACGUGUGCAGCCCAAAAUUUUUGGAACACAUAGCUUAAUGUGGCAAUAAACUUUAAUAGCAGUAUGUCAAACACUUGUCAAUGGUGACAGGGGAAUGAGUCCUUGCCAGACACCUUUGUCUCCUCUAGGUUCCUCCGUCCUUCUCCAGACACCUUUGUCUCCUCCAGGUUCCUCUGUCCUUCUCCAGACACCUUUGUCUCCUCCAGGUUCCUCUGUCCUUCUCCAGACAGCUUUGUCUGCUCUAGGUUCCUCCGUCCUUCUCCAGACACCUUUGUCUCCUCUAGGUUCCUCUGUCCUUCUCCAGACACCUUUGUCUCCUCCAGGUUCCUCUGUCCCUCUCCAGACACCUUUGUCUCCUCCAGGUUCCUCUGUCCUUCUCCAGACAUCUUUUUCUCCUCCAGGUUCCUCUGUCCUUCUCCAGACACCUUUGUCUCCUCCAGGUUCCUCUGUCCUUCUCCAGACACCUUUGUCUCCUCCAGGUUCCUCUGUCCUUCUCCAGACACCUUUGUCUCCUCUAGGUUUCUCUGUCCCUCUCCAGACACAUCUGUCUCCUCCAGGUUCCUCUGUCCCUCUCCAGAUACCUUUGCCUGCUCUGUACACCUCCAACCUCAGCUUAUCUCCCUUAAGAACAAAGGAUUGGUAUGUUGAGAUUCAACAUUUCUAUCCUAUUUGGUGGAUUCAGUUGACCUAUGUCUGUUGUGUGUUGCCAGGUUAUCUACAUCUAUCUAACUUUUUACAAGUUAAGUCAUACACUCAAUGACUAUGUUACAGAUGACAAUACAAAGCAUUUUAUUUUCCAUAUAAUACUCCAAUACAUUCUUUUGAAAAAUGUUAAAAAGAAAUGUUCUACCCUUUUCUUUACUGGCAACAAUUUUUAAUAUUUUACAUGUUUACUUCAUCAUCAAAGCAUUGAGUAUUGAAACAAUAAGCCUGUAUAUAUACAUAUAUAUAUAUAUAUAUAUAUAUAUAUAUAUAUAUAUAUUUGGUAAUAUGUAAGCUAGACAAAUCUCAUGUUAAUGGGGUUGACGUAAGAUGGAAGAAUAGCAGUCACUGGAGUGCAACCUUUAUGCUACCCUGUGUAUUAUUUAUAUACUAUUUAUUCACUCUAUAGAAACAUAAAAGCUGGUGGGGGUUAUAUAUGUCAGCCCCAAUGGCUUUCAGUUGUGUCACAGAAAUUGUCUCUUCUUUUCAGCCACCUGAUUUUAUUUCCAAAGAGAAAAUGCCCCCGAUCUGACCAGCCUUACACAAAACAAUAAUUGGUAAUGGGUUGUUUCUGGUCAUGUCUACUGUAGACUGAGAUACGUUGACUUAUGUUCCAUUUGUAAACUCUAGUUAUUGUGGUUACAACGUCCACCCAUUAUAUUUCACAUGGCUAAUAGGCUAUCUGUAAGAUGAUCAACAACCAUGUUCAACUUCAGAGUAGACCAAAGGGGUAAUGUGUCCUUGAGGGAGAGCAUCAUGAAGAUGUGAGGUGACUUAUAGGCCAUUCAUGCUUCUGGGAAGAAAGGAUAUGCAAAGCAGUUCUCAUGCCACCUUUUUCAGGUAGCUUUUCUUUAAAAUCAGUGUUAAACUACAACGAGCAGUCUUAAAACAUGACUGGGAAUGUAUGCCAAGCGAGGAAUCUCUCCAGAAAGAAAGAAUACCGAUCUUUAAAUAGCCGUUUUGGUGAGGAGCAAUAACCCUGAAACAGCUGUCUAUGAAUAGGUAUUGUUUCCCUAUGGAGAGAUUUCUAGCUCGGCCUACAUUCUAAGUGAUGUUCUGAGACUCCUAGUUGAAGUGAAACACUGACUUUAAAGGGGUACUCCAGCCCUAAGACAUCUUAUCCCCUAUCCAAAGGAUAGAGGAUAAGAUGUCUGAUCGCGGGGGUCCCGCCGCUGGGGACCCCUGCAAUCUUGCAUUUGGCACCUACCUCUUUGAGCUGUACUCCGUGUUGCCAGCUCACAAACUGCCGGGGCCUAC